UUAUUUUGCCAAAAAAACUCCCCUUUCGUCCCUCUGGCCAUUUACCCUACAAAACCUUCCCAGGCAUUCCUUCACUCUCAUACCAGCUGAAAUAACCCAUAGAAAGCUCGGAUCCCUGUGGACACCUUGGACGAAUAAAGUCUGCAAGAUGGCAACUAAAUGCACAGGCUGUGGACCUGGCUACAAAAGCCCUCUGGAUGCCAUGAAAGGUCCACGUGAGGAGAUUGUGUAUCUGCCCUGCAUUUAUCGCAACACCGACAUCCAGAAACCAGACUACCUUGCCACUGUCGAUGUGGACCCCAAGUCUCCCACUUAUUCUCAGGUCAUCCACAGGCUGCCCAUGCCCAACAUGAAUGACGAGCUACACCACUCUGGUUGGAACGCCUGCAGCAGCUGUUUUGGUGACUCAUCCAAGAAGCGCAACCGACUUAUCCUGCCCUCGCUCAUCUCCUCCCGGGUCUAUGUAGUGGACACUGGAACAGACCCCCGUGCACCACAGAUGCACAAGAUUGUGGAGCCCACAGAUAUCUUCUGGAAGACAGGCCUUGCCAACCCCCACACCACACAUUGCCUGGGCAGCGGACAGAUUAUGAUCAGCAGCAUGGGAGAUCCAUCUGGCAAUGGCAAGGGUGGCUUUAUCUUGCUGGAUGGUGCAACGUUUGAGGUAGUUGGUAACUGGGAGCUGCCUGGUGAGGCGGCACCCUUUGGUUAUGACUUCUGGUACCAGCCCCGACACAACGUCAUGAUGAGCACCGAAUGGGGAGCGCCCAAAGCCCUCGCCGACGGCUUCAACCUGGAACAUGUCAAAGAAGGUCACUAUGGAUCGAAGAUCCACGUGUGGGACUGGACCACUCACAAGCGGCUGCAGUCCCUGGACCUGGGGGAGGAGGGCGCCAUUCCUCUGGAGAUCCGCUUCCUCCAUGAUCCUGCCGCCACGGAGGGCUACGUCGGCUGUGCACUCCAAGGAACUGUCUUCCGUUUCUACAGGACACCGAAAGGAGACUGGGCUGCUGAGAAGGUUAUUCAGGUCCCCAGUAAGAAAGUGGAGGGAUGGGCUUUGCCAGUGAUGCCAAGUUUGAUCACAGAUAUUCUGAUCUCCCUGGAUGACCGCUUCCUAUACUUCAGUAACUGGCUGCACGGAGACAUACGACAGUAUGACAUCACAGACAGGAGGAACCCACGUCUGGCUGGCCAGCUCUUUUUGGGAGGGAGCAUCCUAAACGAUGGCCCUGUCAAAGUACUGGAGGACCCAGAGAAUCAGAGCCAACCACCCCCACGCACAAUCAAGGGGAAGAGGAUCCCAGGGAGCCCCCAGAUGUUGCAGCUCAGUCUGGAUGGAAAGAGACUGUACGUCACCACCUCUCUCUACAGUGGAUGGGACAAGCAGUUCUACCCGGAAAUGAUCAAGGAGGGUUCUGUGAUGAUGCAGAUUGACGUGGACACAGCCAAUGGUGGCCUCAAGGUGAACGAGAACUUCCUGGUCGACUUUGGGAAAGAGCCCGACGGCCCGGCCUUGGCCCACGAGCUACGAUACCCUGGGGGAGACUGCACCUCCGACAUCUGGCUGUAGAGUUACGCAGGAGGCCACAGUUCUCCCCUUCUCAUUCCCAACAUACUUUACAUAAACUUCAUGCAACUCAUAUUAGCUGGGAACAGGUGGGAAAGGAGGCAAACUCUCAUGGCCGAUAAUGCUGCCUAUUCAUUCCAUGCUGCUUUGCAUUAAAUGCAUUAUUGUGCCUUUUGUCAUUAUCUCAUAUAUGGACCAAAUGUCAUCUAUUGUUCUCUGUUCUCAAUGCCAAUGGUGAAACUGAGGUUUAAAAAAAGUUAACAUAUGGAAUUCAUAGACGAACAUCUGAUGGCGAUUUAUAGCCUACUUUUUUAAGAAUAUGAAGACAUUCAAAUGUGUCAACAUUCCUUAAUGGCCAGUGUGUGUGUGUGUGUGUGUGUGUGUGUGUGUGUGUGUGUGUGUGUGUGUGUGUGUGUGUGUGUGUGUGUGUUCAGCAGGGUUGAAUGAGUCGAGGUAUACCAAACCUUUUUUGAUAUACUAUUUCUGGACUAUUGUUUUACUCUUAAUGUAAUAGUAAAAUAGAUGUUUUAUUGUCACAUACACCAGAUAGGUGUAGUGAAACAUGUUGUUUUACAGGGUUAGCCAUAGUAGUACAGUGUCCCUGUAGUAAAUUAGGGUUAAGUGACAUGCUCAAAUGCGCAUCAACAGAUGUUUCACCUUAUCAGCUCAGGUAUUGGAACCAGCAACCUUUCAGUUACCAGCCCAACGCUCUAACCGCUAGGCUAACUACCGCUAACCACUAGGCUACCAAUUUUCCUACAUUAAUAAUGCUUUGCAUAAUUAUUAUGUAGUUCAUUUAAUUGAAAAUACUAAUUGCACUACAUUGAUGUUCAUUUGCAAGAUAUGGAUGGUUUUAAAUAAUACAUGUCAGCGUUUAAUAAAUAUACUGCAUAUUCA